GUAAUAAAACAUACUUAACAUGGACAGUAGGAAAGAACUAUAAUAUCCACUAUCUCUAUUUGGAAAGAACGGUACAGAAAUAAUAAAUUAAUUUUACUAAAAUAAACGUUUGUUUUAUUAAUAUACUUCGUAUGAAGAUUCUUUAAAGAACUUUCAGUUAUAUUCACAAAAAGGUUAAUCACGUGUGACCUACAACAGUUUAGUUAACAUAAGACUCGGUAGUCGAUACUCGGUACCGGUGAACCAGCGUGCCAUACGAAAAGGUUACAGUCUCUGAGCGUUCGGUCGAUUCUUGACCGGUGAAAGAAAUAUAAAAAAAAGAAUAUGAUCUUUCACGGUCGGCAUUCGUCCGUGGAAACAAAAUAUGCUGGAAAAGGAAAGGGGAAUAGUUGGAGAAGCUGGAAGGGCGAGAGGGGCCGAUAAGAGAAAUCGAGCUGAACGUGCUACGUGGAAUCGUGAAAGUAAAGGCGUAUCCCGCUUUACCUAUGAGUUGGGAUAGGUUACAGGUCGCGGUCAAAUACCUGUUGCUCGACUCGUUGUCUAUUUAUUUUCAUCUAUUUACUUAAGGUCAGGUUCGGACAGAGAGAUACAGUGCAAGCAGCUAUCUUUCAAUUUAUCUACUGUUAUCUACUGAUAAGAGUAUUUCAAAUAACGCGAUUGAUAUCAACUGCUCUUGUUGCAUACGCGGCUGUCAAACGAAGAAGUGGACCUCGUGAACAUGGAGUCUCUUAAGAAAAAGCUGAUAGAAUACAAUCAGGAACAUCUGUUAAAAUUUUGGGACCAAUUGUCAGAUAAAGAGAGAGAGAAUCUUUAUCAAGAUAUAUCUGAAUUAGACCUGGCAGAUGUGACAUCAUAUUUUGUCAAUGCAGUACAUGCAUCGAGUAGUAUGCAGAAUAUGUUGGAUGACAAGGUGACUCCGAUUCCUAAAGAAAGUAUUGCGUCAUUGAAAAUCACAGAUAAAGAGCAAUUAAGAAUAUAUGAAAAAUUGGGACUGCAAGAGAUAGCAGAUGGAAAAGUAGCUGUAUUGUUAAUGGCUGGUGGCCAGGGUACUAGGCUAGGUGUAUCUUAUCCUAAGGGUAUGUACAAUGUGGGUCUACCUUCUGGAAAAUCUCUCUUCCAACUGCAGGCAGAAAGAAUACUUCGUUUACAAAAUAUGGCAAAAAAAGAAUGUGGGAAAGAUGGAGAAAUUAAAUGGUACAUAUUAACUAGUGAAGCUACUCAUGAAACAACUGUAUCUUUUCUACAAAAACAUAACUAUUUUGAUCUGAAAGAAAAGAAUGUUAAAGCCUUUAAACAAGGUAUGCUUCCAUGUUUUACACUGGAUGGAAAAAUCAUUUUGGAUAAAAAAUAUAAAAUUUCAAAGGCACCAGAUGGAAAUGGAGGAUUGUAUCGAGCUCUAAAGGUGCAAGGAAUAUUAGAUGAUAUGAAACAGCAUGGAAUUCGCAGUGUUCAUGUUCAUUCGGUUGAUAAUAUCUUAAUAAAAGUGGCAGAUCCUAUUUUUAUAGGAUACUGCUUAUCUUCAUGCACUGAUUGUGGAGUUAAAGUUAUAGAAAAAUCUUCUCCGAAUGAGUCAGUAGGAGUUGUGUGUAAAGUCGAUGGUAUCUACAAAGUCGUAGAGUAUAGUGAAAUUUCAAAAGAGACUGCUGAAUUGCGUUCGGAUGACGGACAAUUAAUAUAUAAUGCAGCAAAUAUAUGUAAUCACUAUUUCACCGUAGAUUUUCUACAUGAUGUUGCUAUAAAUCACGAAAAGGAAAUGGAACUUCAUGCUGCUAAAAAAAAAAUUCCGUAUAUCGACGCAAAUGGAAAUCGAAUUGAACCCAAAUCUCCGAACGGUUUUAAAAUCGAAAAAUUCGUAUUUGAUGUAUUCGAAUUCGCGAAACAAUUAUCAGUUUGGGAGGGAAUUCGCGAAGAAGAUUUUAGUCCUCUUAAAAAUGCGGAUUCUGUUGGCCAAGAUUGUCCAAGUACCGCGCGAAACGAUGUACUUAAAAUACAUAAAAAGUGGCUGUUAAAUGCUGGAGCUACAUCUGUAGCAAAUGAUGUAGAAAUAUCUCCUCUAUUAUCUUAUGCGGGAGAAAAUUUAAAUCACAUGAUGGGGCUAUCAUUAGAAGGACCGUGUGUAUUGGAAUAACAAAAUUCAAUAUGUACUGCUUUUGUACCUUUUUACAAUACUGUUCUUGUUAAGAGUCUUUAAACUAUCAUAAGAAUGUAUUCUGUGAUUUAAUGAUAAAAUUUAGCUAUAAAAAUUGUCGACAUUCUUAUAUAAAUUUUAUAACAGUAAAAUACGAAAGUAUUACGUACACACGCAUAAGCUUCUAUAAUAGAAAGAAAACGAAAUAUAUCUUGCGCGCGAGUAUGUUCACGUAUGUAGAUAUUAAAAAAAUUUACAGACUUAAUUAUUAUAUUAAUUUAUCUGAAUCAUGUAAUUAUAAAAUAUGUAUCAUAAAAUUAUAAAAAUUAAUGUAAUGUGAUGAAAGUGUAACAAAAUUCAUGUAUUUUGGCAUUAUGCAUUUACAUCAAUUUUGUACGAUUGGUAUAAAUAUAAUAAAAGAAUAGGAGCAUAA